CUGCCACAUGGACUAACUACUGAAUCACGGCAGUGAAAGACAGCUUCGGAGCACCAAAACGAAAGACACAUGUAAACUUUUCGACGUUAAGCAACGUCAAUGUUAAUCCGGGGCAGCGUUUGUGGAUUUUUUUUCAUUUCCGUAAAAGGAUGACAACAACACAAUAGUGUUUGCAACCUGUAAGUGCUUCAGUUCCCACACACUGGAUCUCACAUCACCCCGACAAGAAAGAUGAGGAUCCAGGGGCAGCCUGAGGGCGCACGGAGGCGUCUGGAUUUAAAUGUGGUCGGUGAGCUGAGGGGUGUGGAGGUCACGCGAGGUCGGGCCGGAUAUGGCUUUACUAUUUCGGGACAGAGGCCGUGUCUGUUGAGCGGCAUCCUGGAGGGAAGCCCUGCUGACCUGGUGGGACUCAAACAGGGGGAUCACAUCAUGGCCAUCAAUGACAACGACGUGUCCGCUGCGUUGCAUGAGACUGUGGUGCAGAUGAUCGGCAGCUGCAAAGGAACCUUGCAUUUGGUGGUGCAUGCUGCAAGCCGCAUCAUGGGGAACCCCGUUCUUAACGAUGCAAAAUUUGGGAUUGGCCCGAAAAGUGGUAUUUUCCAAAAGGCAGGUGUCCUCCGCACUAUCUCGCACGAUUCAAGCAAUUCCUCCUUCAACUCAAGUCAUGCUGGCUGCACCAAACAGAGGCCGGUGUCCGAGCCUGACAUGUCGCAAUGGUCCCAGCGGAGCGGAGCACAGUGGAAGUCUUUAGCUGAGCAGCGACGGGAGGAAACUUCCGGAGCCGGGGACCGAGACUCUGUGUUUACAGACACAGAAGACGCUAACUCAGACUGGGGCAUGUUUAACAUGUCCUUGGUGGUGGGCUAUCUGAGCUCCAUAGAGCUGAUUUUAAACACUACGGAAUCAGAUGAGGACACUUUGAAAGCCAUUCGGGAGCAAAUCAGAUUGUUGGGAACCGAGCAGAGUACCCACACUCUGGUGAUGAUGAAGGUCGUCUUUGACUGCAUUCGACUUUGUGACGACGCAGGAGCUGUUUUGGCAGCGUUGCCUGCCGAGAACCUGGUUUUAGGGGCCGUGUGUGCUGAAGACCCUCGUUUUUUAUGCCUGGUCACUACUGCACAUAUAAUCAACGGCCGUGUACCCGAGGACGGUCCUCUGCGGGCCUCCUGCCAUGUUUUCUUCAUCGACCCAGAGCUGGGAACUCAUGAGGACCAUACAGGCAUCGCCGGACGCUUUGGCUUUGACUGCACUCCAGAUGCCUCGGGCUGCCUGGAAUUCCCUCAGACUCCCCAAGAUGUUCUAAACUUUGUCACAGUGCUGUACAGUGACAUGGGGGAGGCUGUGGAGAGGCUUCGAGUCAAACUGGACAUGGAGACUCGGCAGCAAGCCAAGGAGAUCAGGAGCACGGGACAACAAGGCAGCGCCAGCAGCAAUGGGGACAGCGGAAUUGGAAAUGCGUCCCCCCCUGAGGAGAGAGCGGACAGGGAUUUCCCCUCCGCCGUCCGAAACCACCCUGGAGCCCACCUCCCCAGCUGUCCGUGGGAUUCUCCCCGGGCCGAAGACCUCACUCCAAUAAAUCCCUCCAAGAGCGGGCGAAAACUGAAUCCCGAGAACAGCGCCGGCACGCAUUCCCUUUCGGAGUCACUACCUGGCCCUGAUUCUCUUCACAGCUUUUAUGGAGGUCCUCCACCCAGGCUCGAGUUCCAGUUUAAGCCCCCACCCCCUCCCCUGCCUUUGAGUAAAAAAGCGAACUUCUUUGGAGACCCUCUGAGAGGUAGCCAAAGGUGGUUCUCAAAGCCAAAGUGGUCGAAGGCCCUAAGCGGCGACCCUGAGCCCCUGUUGACCAGCAGCUGGUCCUCCAGCCUCGGCUUGAGCACCGGCACAAAUAACCCGCCUGCCCCCAUGAACCGGAUCCCCUCAGACAGGUACUGCUCAGCGGGGGUCACGAUGCUUCCUCCCAGGCAGGAAUGGACCAGAAGGUUUCUUGAACAAAGAGAGCAACAGCGGAAAGAUGACGGUACCAAAAAUGGCUCCAGGUUUUGGGGCCUGGGGGUGACGCGUGCCUCCAAGCGCCGCUCCUGCAAACGAAUGAGCUUGGCGCGCUCGCUGGACGACCUCGGGUCUGCUGCUUCCUCCGAUGGCGACUACAGCGGAGUCCAGUUGCAGGGAUGCUGCAGCCAGAGCAGCCUGAACAGCAAUGGCAGUCUUCCAGGAGCAGGCAGCCUCCGAGGGGUUUCGGAGCAGCGCGUUGCCAGCUGGGCCGCCUGCUUCGAACGCCUCCUCCAGGAUCCAGUGGGCGUGCGCUACUUUUCGGAAUUUCUCAAGAAAGAAUUCAGUGAGGAGAAUAUCUUGUUCUGGCAGGCCUGCGAAUACUACAGUCAUGUUCCUGCAGCUGAUAAGAAGCAGCUGUCCCAGAGAGCUGGAGAGAUCUACAACAGCUUCCUGUCCAGCAAGGCCACGAUGCCCAUCAACAUCGACAGCCAAGCCCAGCUGGCGGACGACGUCCUCACCUCCCCGCGGCCCGAAAUGUUCAAGACGCAGCAGCUACAGAUCUUCAACCUGAUGAAGUUUGACAGUUAUUCCCGGUUCCUCAAGUCCUCCCUUUACCAAGAGUGCAUGUGUGCCGAGGUGGACGGCCGAUCCCUGCCGGACCCCUACCAGAUCCCCUGCAGUCCUGCGCCCUCGAAGCACAGUGGCAGCUCUGACCGCUCUGCCCUCUCCACUCCCAAAAAGGAGGCCAGAAAGCAGAGGUCAGGGAGGUCACUGAAUGAAGACAGCAGGGAUGAGAGCACUGACAAGAAACGCGGCAUCUUCUUCUCGUGGUCGCGCAACAGGAGCUUUGGGAAGGGUCCGAAGAAGAAGGACAUCGCCGACAUUAACCUCGAUUACUGGGGCAGCAACGGGCGGAGGGAGUCCCAGGGCUCCUUGUCGUCCGGUACCAGUGUGGAGAUGGCCACUUCCUGCUCUGCUGGCAAGAUUGAGUCUGAUAAUCGCCACUCGGUAUGGGAGCGUUCGCCCAAACAUUGCAGCGUGAUGCUGCCCAACGGCUCCUGCCCUUCAAUCAGCCUCCGGCCCGGUGCCUCCGUAAGGGAAGUCCUCCAGGAGCUCUGCCAGAGCAUCAGCAUCAACAUCGCCGCUGUUGACCUCUUCCUGGUGGGCGGGGAGAAGCCUUUGGUGCUGGACCAAGACUGCCUGACCCUCAGCUCUCGAGAGUUGAGAGUGGAGAAGCGGACUUUGUUUCGAUUGGACCUGGUGCCCAUUAACCGCUCCGUGGGGCUUAAAGCCAAACCCACCAAGCCGGUCACCGAGGUCCUGCGCCCCGUGGUGGCCAAAUACGGCCUCCACCUCAGCGAUCUCGUGGCCAAAGUAAGCGGAGAAACUGAGCCGCUGGACCUGGGCGCCCCCAUAUCGAGCUUGGAUGGCCUUCGAGUUGUUUUGGAGCGAAUCGACCCCGCUUCAGGGAAAGACAAAGCUAAGGCCUCCUCCCUAAAAAGCCACCCUCCAAGUCGAAGCUUUUCCGCCGCGGGAGAUGAGAGGUCAACACCAAAGGACUUGUCUGUGAGAGCAAGUGGACCGGAGUCGGCCCUCCCAGGGGAAAAGAGAAAACAGAAAAAGAUUAAUAUAGAUGAAGCUGAAGAAUUCUUUGAGCUGCUGAGCCGGGCGCAGAGCACCCGGGUCAACGACCAGCGCGGACUCCUGAGCAAAGAAGACCUGGUGCUCCCCGACUUCCUGCGCCUGACUCCACCCGCCUCCUCCUGCUCCGCCUCCUCCGCACCGGCCUGCUCCACCCCCGACGGCCUGAAACCGGGCCGGGAGAACGGCGUCUCCUCGCGGGUGGCCCUCGCCGCCGGCCUCCUCUCGGAGAGCCUGGACUCCUCCCUCGGCUCCGGCGCCAACGGACACUCCGGGAACAGGCGGUGCCUGAUGCCCCCUCCUCGCCACCCGACUUGUGGCACCCACCUCUCCCCCAUCCCCCGGCCCUUGGACACCCGGCCGAUCCUGCGCACCGUCGAGGAGGACGCCCACAACGACCUGACUCUGGUGGGGGAGGGCGACAUCAGCAGCCCCAACAGCACCCUGCUGCCUCCGGCGCCCUCCGUCACGCCGUCCUUCGACAGCAGCCUGCCUGAGGCCAACUUCACGCCGCCGCCCUGCCCACCACCUCAAGACGCCGGUGGGGAGGGAAAGUCCAGUUCAGAGAAACGGACGGAGCUCAACGCGGACACCACACCGCCCGCCGCCGACGGAGCCGACGACGACGCGGCACCGGCGGCCCAGGAGGUGAUGGAUGUGGAGGGGGCUCACCUGGAGGAGGGGACGCCCGGACCGCCCCGGGGAGAGGUCGCCGAGCUCAGCCUGAGCUUCCAGGGCUACGUGGCCGAGCUGCGGCAGUGCCAGAGCAAGCUGAGGAAUACCCAGAUGCCCCAGAACGGCCACAGCGCACCAGAGGGCAAGGACUGCAACACGGACCUUUACAAGGCCACCGUUGUCUGAAGGGAACCCGCCCACUCUGCACUUUCUACGUCUGAGGCACUGUCUUUGGAAAGGGAAUUAGUUUAACGAUAUGCUUCAUGUAGACACUCCAACAAAAAAAUAAUGAAUCAAUAUUACAGUGAUAGAUAUUGUAUAUUUGUUACGAUUAUUUGGCGUAAUAUGUUGAUUUCUAGUACUGGUUGUGAUAUUUGGACAGUGAUAUGUUUCUUUGUUCUGGUUUCGUUUAAUAAUGAGGUGCAUUUAGAGCCACGUUAGAGCAAGGACAACCGUGGAAGAAGCCGGAAAUGAACUUUUGGGUCCUAUUUUCUCAGGAGAGCGUACAUUGCAAAUAGUUUAUACGUUGUAAUCAAUGGGUUUAUUACAAGUCUUUACUUUUUAAUACACUAAAUGAAUUUAGAGCAAGCUAAGGGAUGAACACUUUAUGAAGCUAUUUAUUACAACUGGUAUAAAGACUUCAUUACGUUUGAUGAAAAUGAAUCUCGAUUCAAUGUCCGCCUACGAGCUCGUGAAGCUCGUCUUAUGUGAGGAAGUCUGUGAGAUGAGGCUGACAACUAACGAGUGAACUUUGAGCUAAACAUUUUUCGUCAAACUUGUUUUACCCGGUUAUAAACUUCCACCCACUUCUGUUGGACCGGGUAUGCUGGACAGGACUCGAGGAUCAAAAGGGAGGCAAAUGACACUUUUAAUGCAUAUUUAAAUAUUUCCUCGAUGUCUUGAAGAUGAUACAUGACCGUAACGUGUGUGGCCUGUACUUCCUGCUUCUGUGGUUUUGCGGUUGUUCACAUGUUCAACGAUUAAAAAGCUUCGAUGGCUGUAAUUCCAACAACGCUGA